AUGGUUACAAAAGGAUUUGUACCCGUGCUUCAAACAAUUCAAAAUCGGUUGCCGAUAUUCCAAGGCCCAACCAACAUCUACAUCAUCCCUCCUCUGGCUCUGUCUGAGAUGCAGGAAUGGAGGUGUCCAACACAGGAAGAAUUUGCUGAAUACUACGGUAAUUCCACCCUGAAUGUGACCGUGGACACCCGGGGACAGUUUCCAGUUCCUCUGGACAUAGUCCACGGCAAACUUGGGACUAUAAUGGGCAGUCGCAUGGCAGUGGGGUAUAUCCACAUGAUGAUUGGUGCAACUGGUUUGGUGGGCGUGCUGCUCCGCUUCAUUGGACCUGUAACAAUCGUGCCUGCCAUCACGUUGAUUGGUCUGUACAUCUACAAGACAGUCGCGAGGUUCUCCGAGACGCAGUGGGGGAGUGUCCUUAUGGUAUGGGUGUUUUGUGCUGUUUGGAAGAUAGAUGCUAGUGAAGUUCCGCUCCUGAAACGCACAGGCAAUGGCGACCACCUUGCAAACAAUGACACCAUCGCCACCACCGACAUCACCGAUACCGUCGGAGACCAUGUUGAACAAGACGCAACUCAGGACACAUCUGUCAAUAUUGAGACUGAAAAACCACGUAGACUGGUCUACAGAAUUAGCGAGUCACCUCCUCUUCAUCUGAUAUCCAUUUUUGCAUUACAGCAAUGUCUAAUGUCCAUUGCCGGGCCACUAUCAACGUCCCUGCUUGUAUCAGAGCUGGUCUGUGCUCAAGAUGUUGAGCUGAUCAAAUCUCAAAUACUGUCCUCCACCAUGUUCAUGUCGGGUCUGACAACAUUUCUAAUGGUCACCAUCGGUGUGAGGCUGCCUGUAUUCCAAGGCCCAACCAACAUCUACAUCAUCCCUCUACUGGCUCUGUCUGAGAUGCAGGAAUGGAAGUGUCCAACACAGGAAGAACUGGCUGAAUACUACGGUAAUUCCACCCUGAAUGUCACCGUGGACACCCGAGGACAGUAUCCAGUUCCUCUGGAUAUAAUCCACGGCAAACUGGGGAUUUUAAUGGGCAGCCUAAUGGUGGUGGGGUUCAUCCACAUGAUGAUUGGUGCAACUGGUUUGGUGGGCGUGUUGCUCCGCUUCAUUGGACCAGUAACAAUCGUGCCUGCCAUCACGUUGAUUGGUCUGUACAUCUACAAGACAGUCGUGAGGUUCUCGGAGACGCAAUGGGGAGUGUCCUUAUUUACAGUAGUCGUGGCUGUCAUCUUAUCCCUCUACCUCACCGGAGUGCGGACACCCCUGAUCGCAUGGGAGAGAAAAAGGGGAUUCUACAUCAAAUGGUUCCCGCUGCACCAAGUAUUUGCCGUUCUCUUUGCGAUCAUGCUUGGUUGGGGAUUGUCGGCCAUACUUACAGAAUGCGGAGUCCUCUCCGACGAUCCUCUGAGCACAGACUACUACGCCCGUACGGACUCGCGCAGUUACGUCAUACGUCAGAGUCCAUGGUUCUUCUUCCCAUAUCCUGGUCAAUUCGGGAUGCCAAGUUUCAGUGCUUCUGCAAGCAUCACAUUCCUGUUGGCCACAGCCUUCUCAGUGCUUGACUCCAUCGGGGACUACAGCGCAUGCGCCCGAAUGUGCUUCGUGCCUCCUCCGCCAACCCACGCAGUUAAUCGGGGUAUUGCGAUAGAGGGCGCUAUGAGCUUUUUAGCGGGUGCUGUCGGGAUUGGUCACGCCACCGCUUCCUACGGGAACAACAUCGGUGCCAUAGGAAUAACACGGGUGGCAAGUCGGCGGGUGUUCCAAGCAACUGGAAUGCUGUUCAUUUUGAUGGGCGUCGUCGGAAAGAUCGGCUCCUUCUUCAUCACCAUCCCCUACUGUGUCAUCGGAGGGGGUAUGAUCAUAGGAGUGGGCAUCUUUGUGGGCAUCGUCCUGUCCAACCUCCAGUACGUCGACCUCAACUCGUCCAGAAACCUCGCCAUCAUAGGAAUCUCCCUUCUCAUGGGUCUCAUGCUGCCUUACUGGGUUGAGAAAACCCCGGAUGGAAUCCAAACAGGAAAUGAAGAUGCUGACCGUAUCAUAGCAGUUUUGCUGUCUAACCCCAGUUGUGUUGGUGGAGUGCUCGCUUGCUUCUUGGACAACACGGUGCCAGGCACAAUGGAAGAACGUGGUCUCAAUAUCUGGCAACAAGAGUAUGCUGAAGGUGACACAACUACUUCCGGCUCGUGGGAAGAAGGAACGGAAGUGUACCAGCCGCCAUUUGUGCCAGAGUGGUUGAAGAGAUCGAAGAUAUCGAAAUACAUUCCCGUCAUCCCAAGCUACUACAAGGAACCAUCACACACCAAGUGAAAGGAAAGGGUACAAUAGGAUCGAGUCCUGUCGAUGCUGUUUGAAAGGUGUGGAGGAAGGAACUGUAUGGCCUGAACCAUAUGGAUCAAUUAUGGACAGAACCAUACCCACGUGGGUGUGCACAGCAUAGGAGGAAUGUAAUGAAGUGAUAUGGAAAUGAGGCGUGAUACUGAACGGACGGUAUGGGAAGAUGAUAAACCCUGCCCCACAAUCUGUGGAUUUAGUAGGCAGUACUUAUUUUAUUUAGUGCGCAACAGAACGAGAAGCUUGAAAGUUAAUUGCAAAUAUAUCUAGAUAAAUGCACACAACUGACUGUACGUUGCUUUAUAUACUAUUUUUGCUUUGGAGAAAAUAAAGAUAAAUGCUUCUU